AUGAGAUCAGCCAGGGUCCAUCUAGACGAUGAUGAAGGUCUUUUAUGGAAUCAUUUUUCAACCGACUUUGAGAGCUCUGCGUUUCUACUUUCCGGGGAUUUAUUUGAAAAAAUUAAUGCUCUUGCAAGUGGAGAUCUUGCUGGCAAGCCGGCGCACAAUGUUGCCAGAGAUGUUGCGUGGAGAAUGGAGACUUUUCUACGGGAUUUUGUAGCAGUGGUUACGGUAGCAGAAAAAAGUGAAGAAAAGCUGUUGGUUCGCACUCCUCAAGUGACAGUGAUUUGUGCGAUAACAGAGCUGAUGAUGAUGGAUACAGACUUCACCUUGCUUCUGCUGGGUUUGAGGUCAUUUACCAACUUAAUUGCUGUCAUCACUGAGUCAAAACCAAGGAGGAUUGCUCAAGGGGACUUCGAUACACUGAUGAAUAACCAAUCUGGAGACGGGUAUUGCUGGAUCUUUCAUCUGGCUACAAACUUUCUACGGAUCGCCCUCUCUGACCCCAAGCGUUUAAUUCGAACCGCGGGCUCCCAACUGGUGGCGAAGCUUUUGCAUCUCCCUGGAGGCUCGAGGUCAAUUGUACGCGACCUUGCUGCUCCCAUACUUAGUUGUUACGAUGACAACUUAAAGACACUUGACACUGUUAAAUCAAGACUACGCAAGGAAGCAAUUGACUGUGUUACGGCGGCACUUUUACUUUGCCCUGCCUCGGUAUUCAACUUCUAUGAGAUUGUGGAUUCUGUAAUUGUUCCAGGAUUGAAGGACCCCAAGCACAUAGUGCGUAAUGCAGCCCUCGAUUGCCUGGCAGUGGCAGUAAAGCAAGAAAGUGAUGCUCUAAUCUACCGUGUUGAAUCACAGUUGCCUAUCCUAAAUCGCAACAACAGUGCCAAGAGGGAGGAGAAGGAGGGAGAGCAAGAGGAGCUUUCCAUUCACUAUACUGCGGCAUCUUUGCGUUCUAUUGUCUUUCAACGUCCCCUACCCUCUCUCAAUAGUCAAUCUCGCCUUGUUCGUCCACCUCGAUUAGACUCCACCGUCAAAAUGUCGGCUGUGGGGCAGGUCGAUUGCGAGUCCUCAUCUUCCAUCUGUGAACGUCGUAAGCCAAGUGCGGGCCGGAUGCAUGGAAACUUGCGACUGCCUUGGGACCCCAGGGAAAGUGUGGUGGUGGUCGGUUCUGCCACUGGACCUUCGAGACGUUGCCCCAUUUCUUUGCCCAAUCUUUCGCAAUCGGCAAACGCCACCCUGGAUAGGAAUUUUAAUGAGCCCAGGUCGAGUGGUCGGUCCCCACAACGUUCAGUCAGUAACCAAAACCCCGGGUAUCAGUCUCUCGACCUCGACAGUCGUGCAGAGAUACGGCGCAGUUUAAACCUCUCUGGUGCUUCCUACUGUAAAGACAAUCAAGGCAAGUUCAUCAUUCACUUACCUCCAGCCUUCAAACGCAAUCAUCCUUCACAGAGCCCACUCUUAUCACCACUUCAAAUAAGUGGACUCUUGUCUUGCCUUCUUGUAAUAGCAGCCGCUGAGGCGCAGAUGGGAGUCGCCUAUGAGGGCAGUGGUACGGGAUCGGCUAGGGUAAUCUCGAGCUCUCUCGCAAUUUCCCCAUCGACAUCUGAGAACUGCGUAGUUGGAAAUCGCAAGUUGAUGAAGACUAUCGAGCCCUCAGAGACUCAAUUGUGGAAGCAAUCCAUGCUUUCUCACACCACCCAGCAUACCCUCUUCUCUAUCGACAAGUCGAGCCGUUGCGGCAAGAUUUCCAACUCACCCACCGACUGCCAUACUUUGCAUGCAGGACCACUGCGGGGUCAACAUGAACUGGCCAAAAAUAUGAUGCUCCCCAGUCCAGAUUGUGCUUUCCAAUAUCCUCAAGUUGACAUUGUUGGCAGGAGUAUGCAUCCGUUUGGAGAUUUUAGCAGAACUUCAAUCAAACAUGAUGGAAGCGACGCCGAUGGCCGAAAUGACAACGGUGAUGAUUAUAACGCGACUAAUGAAUCCGGACGAAAAGCAGAGCCAUCUAGCUCGCCAGAAUCUGAUGAUGAUGACAACACCCUGAGGACAGGCAUUGAAGGUCACGCGCCACGAGGAUUUGGUCGGAGGUCAAGUCGCUCUAGGCAAGGUGACAAUGUGAAAUCUGCCUCUUUGCAACGGGAGAGGAGGGGAGAUUUUGGAGAUCUAGACUCAGCAAGAAACGGACCUCAGACACCCACGCGGACGCCGUCAUUGCAAAGGCCACCACAUGGGGUCCCUACCAGACGACCACCCACUGGUCCUCGCGAUGGAAGCCUUCAGCGCAGGACCAUUCGCCAGCAGAGUCCUGACAGCGCCUCCAGAGAAGCCACUCUCUCACGCCUCUCCCAAAAUCACCCCUCCAUGAAUGACUCAGGCAAGUGUCGAGAUGUCACCUCAGCCCUCAAUCAAAUCGAGUCCACGGACUGGGAGGACAAAGUCGACGGUCUUCUGAGCCUCUCUACACUGGCCCUGAAGCACCCCACAGCCUUUUCCAAUUCUCCCGAUACCUAUUCCGCGAUCAUUCACGUUGUUACCUCUGAAUGCAGAAAUCUCCGCUCCCAGGUAUCCAGACAAGCCGUGAAGACGAUAGCUGACCUCUUCCGUGGUCUGGGUCGCCUUCUCGACCCCCACGUGGACACCUGCGUGCGUGUGCUUCUUGCCAAGACGGGCGAGGCCUCGGCAGCCUUUUUGCGUGGGGAGGUUGCAAUUGCACUUAGCGAUCUCGUCCGGUCUGUCAAUCCCAACAGAGCCCUUAUUGCUCUCUUCCAGCAUGGAUUGGGUCACAAGAACGCAGCAGUGCGACGGCAGUGCGCCAUCCAGGCGAGUUACCUCAUCGAAAGUCUGGGCCCUAGUCGGGUUCUGCAAGCCGCCAAUCAGCGCGGGAACCUCUCCUCCUGGGGCUCCAUGACCACGGUGUGCGGUGGCGCAGCCUCCACUCCGAGCCUCAACGCCUCUGCCACCGGUGUCAGCAGCGCUUCUUCUCAGGCCAUUACUGAACGCGUGAUUGUGGCAUUGGGAAAGUUCCUUCUAGACAGCAAUCAGGAGACUCGGUACUACGGCCGUCGUAUUCUUGCUACUCUACAACAGAGCCCCGAUUUCGAGCGAACGCUGACGCGUUAUCUCUCCGGACAGAUGCUACGGGCCGUCCGUGAAGCGACCGACUAUUUGCACGCCAAGGUUAUUGACAGAUUCAACUUUUCGACUUAA